GACCUCUUGCCCCGUGACAAGGCGGAAGGGCUGUUGGCGCGAAUGUUGCAACUGUCGCGCGACUGGACUUCACAAACGUGGUUCAACGCCAACGGUUUGGAGGGCAGAACACACUCUCGCUCGCGCGCCUACCGCAUCCCAAACGCGAGCGACGUGAGAAGCAGCGGGCGGGCUUCGGAGGGCGCGAUGAAACAGAAGUGGGAAUCCGGCCCGGAGGCUCAAGACAAGCAGGAGGUUUCAACCGACGAAGACAGGCGGGCAACGCACGAGGAGGGAAUGGACAAGAGUUUGGCUGUAGCCCCCGCGGAGCUACUUGACGUUGUCCCUCUCAUCGUGGAGGUUGUUCGAAGGUUGGCGGGAAGCGAGGGCUUGCGCUGGAACCCGAACUAUUGUAUCUGCCACGUGUAUGACGACCACAGGAAUCACCUUGGCGCGCACAGCGACACGCUCUCGAACAUCGGUCCGCGAGCGAUCGUUGUUGGGGUGUCCUUGGGGGCGAAACGGGUCUUCGUUGUGGAGGAAACGCUGCCGAGGGGCGUGAAGCAUUCCCCAGCCGGCAGCGGAUCAGAGGGGGGAAAGAAGGUGAUGGUGGGCCACGUAUGCGUUGCUGCGGCUGGGUCUCGCACGCCUGCCGCCGCUGUAUAUGCGUCGCAGCUGGCGAGAUGUAUCCCGUUUCACUUUCUUCCCGCGCCUUUCCGCGCCGCACGUGCUCGACCACGAACUGUGCCCCAGUCGCUCGACAUGCCUCACAACUGUGCGAUCGUCAUGUGGGCCGGCUGCCAAGAGAGGUACAAGCACAGCGUGCCUGUCAUGUCAAAGGGGGUUGGCACCCACCCUAUGUCCGGCACCAAGCGGAUCAGCAUCACGCUUCGAGAGCGCAAGGAGAGCCUUCCGGCAUGCUUGCUGCCUGUCCCAGACUGUCGGUGCCGGGUCCCGGCCUCGCUCAAGGCGCGCGUGAAAAGAAACGGACAAGUGGAAUAUCUGUAUCAGUGUGAUCGAGGCCAAGGACAGUGUGGAUUCUGGCUGUCCAAGGGUCCACUUCACUAGCUCUGCGUGUCGUCUUUUGUGUACAGGUGUGUGUCGAGAGGUGCGAACGGCGCACGUACUCGCAAAAUGUACAGUGGAGUUGUUGGUUCGGAAGGCCCAAAUCAGGAGCUCAGUUCUGGGCGGUGGAUGGUCGUUGAGUACUCUGGACGUAUUGGAGAUGUCCGCAUGCAUCAUGUACGAUUUGCUCCCCUUAUCAACGGACAAAUGUCGCGAGGUGAGAGUGAGAACCAAGCUGCUAUCUUCGGUGUUCAAGACCCUUCUUGAUGAGCGAAAAACGUUGUUAAGACAUCUCAGGAUGUUUAGUUAGAGUUGCAGAAGGUGUCCACUGUGUAUUUCGUUGUACCAGUACAUAGCACCCGGAUGGUGAGCG